AUGGCUUUGUCCAAGAUGAAAGGAUUUGCGGAUAGAUUGUUUACAGGGGCUACCAGGCUACUCAACAUGGAGAUCGAUCGUCCCAAGCUCCCAAUUCCGCUAGAGCAGAGGCUUCUAAACACAGGUUUAUGUGUUUCUCUCCUCAUCGUCAGCAGUAGACUACCAGUGUUUGGCAUCACCAAAUCUCUCAGCGAGAAUCCUUAUCAGUUACUCACAAAUUCAAGCCACGGGACGCUCAUGGAAUUGGGAAUCGCACCGCUCAUCACCACAAACAUGGCAGUGCAAGUGAUGGCCGGUGGCAAGAUCCUAAGCUUCAAGGACACGAAAUCCAUGAAAAUGGUACAAAAGGUUGGGGGACUGUUCUUGACGCUGGUUUUGGCAACCAUGAACGUUGCUGGCGGGAUAGAGCUUGAUAUGGCAUUCGUUCAGUCCCGUCACCGCCAACUUUCGAGGGCGAGUUGA